AUGGCUGACAAGGACCAAGAGAACGGUCAUGGGCUCUUUCAGGUGGUUCCCACUUUGUUCAGCCCUGGAUUUUUGCUAACAACCCACCACCAUCACCUCCCACACCCUGUGCCACGGCAAACACGACCACCGCCCCCAAUUCAACCCCCUCUCGCAAACCCAACCCUCGGAUUACGACUAAUUGCCCAUGAAAAUGCCCACAAAACCGCCCAUCUACCAACGGCAACAACCCAGCGCCCAGGAUAA